CAAACGACCAAUGUUUUGACAUGGCUGCAAUUCCUCCCCCAUGUCAGAACACAAGGCGAAGGAGCUGAAAAAGGCAAAGGAAGACGAGGAUUCCUUCACCACCUUUCCUCAUCUUCCAUGACAUUCCUUUUCCUCCUCCACUUCCCACCCUCUCUCUUCAACACCUUCCACCUUAAGCAAAGACCGCCAUGCCUCGAAGGUCUUUGAAGCCUUUGUCCACUCCAGUCCAUUGCUGAUCCCUUCCUUGCUCCUCACUUGUUGGUGCCUCCCAUCUAUCCGAAAUAUUCCUCCUUUCCUCCUCUCUGCCCCUAAAAGUUGCAUCUUUCCUCCAAUUUCCUCCCUUCUGUCCCCCAUCUCUCCCAAAGCUUGUAUUUUUCCUUCCUUUUUGCUUCUUUGCUAAUCCUUGUUGGUUGUGAAUCUUAGUCUUCUCUUGGGAUUGCUGGUUUUUGUCAUCAAGAUGUUCCUUUGAGUGCCGACAACUUCAGUCUGCUGUCCGAUUUUUCGGUAUUAUGUUUCUUUGGAUCAUGGAAUUUGGAACUCGAUUCUAAAGUUCGGUCUUUGGCAAGUUUGGAUCUCGUUUCUGUCACUGGGUCUUGGUUUCCAUGGGUCUUUGCCAUGGAAAACAAAUCCAAAGCCCUGAAAUACAGGAAGAGAUCCCCAGCGUUGAGGAACCUUCUGAGGUUCCAGGGAUCCCCAGGCAACCCAAGUUCCCCUUCUACAGCCCGAACCCCCUCCGAGGUUCUUACAAGGACUCACCGGCCAAUACGAGUCUGAACUCAACACCACUGCGGUUCCUCAAGCGGCCGUUCCCUCCUCCAUCGCCUGCGAAGCACAUUAAGGCCCUACUUGCUCGCAGGCAUGGUUCGGUGAAGCCAAAUGAGGCGUCGAUCCCCGAGGGGAGCGAGGUUGAGCUUGGCUUGAAUAAGAACUUUGGAUUCUCGAAGCAAUUCUUCUCAAAAUUCGAGCUUGGCGAGGAGGUUGGGCGUGGGCAUUUCGGUUACACUUGCACCGCGAAGGAGAAGAAGGGAGAUAUGAAGGGAGAGGAGGUGGCCAUCAAGGUUGUUCCGAAGGCAAAGAUGACAACUGCUAUUUCUAUUGAAGAUGUGCGAAGAGAAGUGAGAAUAUUAAAUUCUCUCACAAGACAUAGGAAUCUAGUGCAGUUCUAUGAUGCUUAUGAGGAUGAAGAUAAUGUGUAUAUUGUGAUGGAGUUAUGCAAGGGUGGUGAAUUACUAGAAAGAAUUCUCUCAAGGGGUGGGAAAUAUUCAGAAGAAGACGCAAAAGCUGUCAUCUUCCAAAUUUUGAGUGUCAUAUCGUUUUGUCAUCUUCAAGGUGUUGUUCACCGAGAUCUCAAGCCAGAGAAUUUUCUUUUUCUAACGAAGGACGAGAAGUCUACCUUAAAGGCCAUAGAUUUUGGCUUGUCAGACUUUGCUAAGCCAGAUGAGAGAUUGAAUGAUAUUGUUGGAAGUGCAUAUUAUGUGGCUCCAGAAGUUCUUCAUAGAUCUUAUGGAACUGAGGCAGACAUGUGGAGUAUUGGUGUAAUUGCAUAUAUUUUACUCUGUGGAAGCCGCCCUUUUUGGGCCCGCACGGAGUCAGGUAUAUUUAGAGCAGUUCUGAAGGAAGAACCAAGUUUUGAUGAAGCUCCAUGGCCUUCUUUGUCUUCUCAAGCUAAAGAUUUUGUUAAAAUAUUGCUGAACAAGGACUUCCGCAAGAGAAUGACUGCAGCACAGGCCCUUUGUCAUCCUUGGCUUUGGAAUCCUGAAGAACUUAAGAUCCCUCUGGAUAUUGUAGUGUAUAAGCUUGUAAAAGCUUAUAUAUGUUCUUCUUCUCUAAGGAAAUCAGCAUUGAGGGCUCUUGCCAAGACCUUGACAGUAGAUCAGCUCUAUUACCUGCAAGAACAGUUUUCUUUGUUAGGGCCAAACAAGAGUGGCUAUAUCUCGCUUCAAAAUUUUAAGAUGGCCUUGUUAAGAAACUCCACAGAUGCAAUGAAGGACUCGGGAAUUCUUGAUUUUGUUAACAUGGUGAGUUCUCUUCAAUACAGAAAACUAGAUUUUGAAGAAUUUGCUGCUGCAGCCAUAAGCGUACAUCAGAUGGAAGCAUUGGAUGCUUGGGAGCAACAUGCUCGUCAUGGUUAUGAAUUCUUUGAGAAGGAUGGGAACAGGCCUAUCAUGAUCGAGGAACUUGCAUCGGACCUUGGGCUAAGUCCAUCAGUUCCAGUUCACGUUGUUCUCCAGGACUGGAUAAGACAUUCUGAUGGAAAACUCAGCCUCCUGGGAUUUGUUAAACUUCUUCAUGGUUUUUCUUCACGCACAAUUCCAAAAGCUUAGCAUAGUUCAAGGACAAAGAUGUGCAGCAACGGCUUAUGGCCUAAAGAUUCGAGGAAAGUAGAUACAAGACAAUCCAUACAUGUGCCGAAUCGAGUUAACUGAGUAGGGCAGAUGAACCAAGACAGCAGCAGUCGCAUGUGGUGAUACAUUCGGUAACUUACUCUUUCAUAAGAUGCUUUUUGUUUAGCCAUGUCUAUGGUUAGCAUGUCGAUGUUGUUAAGAAGAACGUACAGACGAAAAUAGCAACAUGUAACUUGAGGAGGCUGAAAGGAAUUGAGGCCUCCAAAUAGGGUUCAAUAACUUGUAGUACGCGGUCUUUUUAAUCCGAAUAAGAUCCUCGGGCUGUUACAUGUGAUGAGAA